CGCUUAAAUUCAGUAGAAAAAUUAGGAAUGACCUUUAGCUAUUUUGUAAGAAGAAAGAAAGGACGUCAAAACAUGAACUUGUUACCUGUAUAAAUAAGAUCUAAUUUCUAAAUCUUUAUUUCCUGCAAAAUGAACAGAUUGCUGAUAUGUUCUUCUUGUGUUCUAACAGUUUUUUUCUUGUUUGCUUGCUGCGAUGGAUACACAUACAUGCAACCGAUAAUGUUUGGAGAAGGUGAAUGCAUCGAUGAUGACUGGAUCAGCCAUCCUGUAGGAUCCGUAUGGUAUGACAAAGCGCAAUGCGAACAAUUGCAAUGCAUAUACCAGAGGGAUGUUCUCUAUAUCCUGGCUUAUGGAUGUUCCGCUAUUGGAUAUCCUAAAGAAUGCAGACUAGUACCAGGAAGAGGAGAAAACUAUCCCGACUGCUGUCCAGACGUGGAAUGCCCUCCUGGAAUAGAGUGGUGAAAAAAAGCCUUCAAUUUUAGCAAAAAAUAUGCGUGGAACACAACCAAGUGUUUUUAAAAGAACUUUUCCUAUGACUGAGCAGAAAAAUGAAUUAUUUGUGAAAAAUCAAGCUAAAAAGAAAAGGAGUAAUUUGAAAACUGCAGAGCAUGUCACUUUUCCUAUAUUUUAAAAUAUACUGUAAAAUGUUAGUUAAACCUAAUAUAAAAAUGGAAGUACAUCCUAUUAGUUUUUAAAGUUUUUAAUUUACUUAGCACAGUGCUCUAAAAUCAGAAAGUAAAAUGUAAGCUUGUUAUUCGUGAUUAAAAAAAAACCUGACAACUAAUAUAGCAACACAGCAUACUCUUAUCCUUUCUUAUAUAAGAUGCUAUACUUGAAGCAGUAAGAUUAAUUUGAAUUUAAAGAAAUUCAGCACUCAGUGUAUGAAAUAUUUGUAUUGUUUUUAGCUCAAUUUAUGAAAUCCUUUUUAAUAAAAAUUAUGAAUAAUUUGA